CGUUACUUGAAUGCGGCAAUCGACGGUGCGGUGUACUUCCGGUGGCAGAGGUCAAACCCCGCUGAGCGAGAAGGAGCGAGGAUCCCGAGAAGAAAAACGACCGCAAGCGACUGAAAGAGCGACGAUAAACAUGUCCCACACCAUCCUGCUGGUGCAGCCGACCAAGAGGCCCGAGGGGAGGACGUACGCCGACUACGAAUCGGUCAACGAGUGUAUGGAAGGUGUGUGCAAGAUGUACGAGGAGCAUCUGAAGAGGAUGAACCCCAACAGUCCGUCCAUCACGUACGACAUCAGCCAGCUGUUUGACUUCAUCGACGACCUGGCCGACCUCAGCUGUCUGGUGUAUCGUACCGACACACAGACGUACCAGCCGUACAACAAGGACUGGAUCAAAGAGAAGAUCUACGUGCUGCUUCGCCGUCAGGCCCAGCAGGCGGCGAAGUGACGCCUCUGAGGAGGUGAACAGAUGAGGGGGAGGCGGCUGUGGUUGGGGGGGUCGAUACUAUGUUUACUAUAUGUAACUUGUUUUCAAAAAGUUUUACGUUGGUUUGAGAAGUUUUUAUUCAAAGUUGAUUGUUUUUUUUCUUCAUGGAGAGGAGAUGUGUUUUGUAUCUUAUAAUGUUUGACUCAUUAAUAAAGAUUUCCUUUUCAGUAA